UGAUCGGCGGAAAUGCCGGCCGGCUGCUCGUCUUUUCCCCGGGGUUUGCGCAUGCGCGAGCGGGAACCAUGUCGCGCGCGUUCCCCAACGCUGCUUCGGGUCUUCCCGCCUCUCCUCCGACCGAGCAGAAGCCGCCGCCUUCCCUCAAGCCCUGCUGUGCCUGCCCGGAGACAAAGCAGGCCCGCGACGCCUGCGUCAUUGAAAAAGGAGAAGAGCACUGCGGAGCACUUAUUGAGGCCCACAAGGAGUGCAUGAGAGCCCUCGGCUUUAAGAUAUGAACAUGCUCAGCCACAGAUCUGGAUGGAUGGUGAUUUGCUGUUGGAUGACUGCAGGGACUCAGAUGUUCACAUCAGCUUGAAUGUUCGUUUUUUUACCUGUAUCAGAAGAUGAAUUUAUUUAAAUUUAUUGGAAUAUAUUUAUGACGGAUUUCUAAAAUCAAAGCUAUAUAUAUUGAUAUAGUCUUACUGUUUCCCCCCAUUACAGAAUCCAGACUGUGCAAUAACAUGGCAGUUUGAUAUAUU